AUGGAUGGGUCUGUAUAUGCAGCCUUUAUAGGAAGAACUGUCAAAGUGAAGAUCUGCGACAGCUCAGAGUUCAGGGGAACGUCUGUUGCAAUAGAUGCAUAUCUCAACAUAUCCCUGGAGUCGGCGUCUUACCUCCAAGAUGGCCAAGAGCCCAGGUACUACUCCUCUCUGUUUAUCAAGGGAUCGUACAUCGACCACAUAGCACUGGAUGCAUGA